AUGAAUUCCAUGUCCUACACUUUUUCUUGGGAACCAUUUGCGCCCCUCUUGAUGAAAAUGAGGGAUGCACGAACUUCACCUUCCGGAUUUUACUAUGAAAGUCCUCGAAUUCGUGUUUUUCCUCUAGGUUUGAAUGUUUUUGUUCGAAUGUUAUUUGGUCAUUGCGAGAAUGUUUUCAUCAAUAACCUAGCUGCGAGGUUUGAUUCCAUUGGAGAGGUGCAAUUUGUUCCGGCAUCAAAGGAAGCCAUUGAAUCUCUUGAGAAGGUGAAGAUUGAAAACCCUAAUGCCAUUGAAAAUUGUAGUGUCUGUCAGUUUGAGUUCAAUGCUGGAAUGGAGGUCACAAAAAUGCCUUGUAAUCAUCUGUAUCAUCAAGAAUGUAUUAUUCAGUGGCUGAAAACGAGUCACAUGUGCCCAAUGUGUCGCUAUCCAAUGCCAACUUCAACCAGUGGCUGA